AUGAAAAAAGUCAAUGUUACCUAUAUAACUCUUGAUGGUUUUGUAGAAAUUGACAAGUAUAGAUAUGUUUAUUUUUACAUUAUGUUCAUAGUAUAUAUUCUAAUAAUCUGCUGUAAUUCUACAAUUUUGUAUCUCAUUUGUAUUCAUCAAAAUCUCCAUGAGCCUAUGUACAUUUUCAUUGCAGCUUUGCUGUUGAAUUGUGCUCUUUACUCUACAGCUGUUUACCCUAAAUAUCUCAUUGACUUUUUAUCUGAAAAACAGGUCAUAUCCUAUUCGGCAUGUCUUUUUCAGUAUUUUCUGUUUUACAGUCUAGCUUGCUCAGAGUUUUUCCUCUUGGCAGCCAUGGCCUAUGACAGAUAUGUGGCUAUAUGCAAACCUCUUCAAUAUCCAACCAUCAUGAGAAAAAAGACUGUGAGUAUUUUCCUGUUCAUAGCUUGGCUUGUGCCUGCAUUUCAUAUUACAAUCCCAGCAAUAGGGAGUGCUAAAGCUAAAUUGUGUUCCUUUUAUUUAAAUGAAACAUUUUGUAACAAUAGAAUUUAUACUCUUCAGUGUUUAAGAUCAGAAUUUUUUGCUGCCUUUGGUUUGGUUUGUUUGCUCGAUCUUGGAAUACUCCCUCUGUUAUUCAUACUUUACACAUACACAAAAAUAUUCUUAAUGUCUUAUCGAAGUUGUAAAGAAAUUAGGAAGAAAGCUGCAGAGACCUGUUUACCCCACCUGUCAGUUUUAAUUAGCUUUUCCUGUUUAGGUUGCUAUGAUGUAGUUAUAGCCCGAGUGGAAUCAGAUUUUCCAAAAACUGCACGCUUAAUAAUGACAUUACAACUAGCUUUGUAUCAUCCUUUGUUUAAUCCAUUUGUAUAUGGGCUUAAAAUGAAGGAAAUUUUUAAACACCUGAAAAGGUUGUUUUCUCCACCCCCCAAAAUUUGA